AUGAAUUUAUUCCGCUUCUGUGGGAUGCAUGCUGGUGGGAUGCAUGCUGGCUAUCCAAUCAUGUCUGAUGUGACUGUGUCAGUGACUGGACACCAGUCAGUGAAGAUCACCAAUAUGCAAAUGUACACUGAGGGGGCCUGGGAUGCUCUCCGGGAGCUGGGUCACAACCAGCAGAGGAGUGGGUGGGAUUUCCCACCCCAUACCACAGAUGCCACCUGCUAUCUCUGGUCCAUCUAUGUCAAUGAAACUGUGCUGGAAAUCCCAAGAGAGAAAGCCCACCCAGAUCUUGACCCCAAUGUGAGGAAGAAGAGGGUGAAGGACUAUAUUCAAGGUGGAGCUCAGCUGAAGGACUUCACAGCCUGGACUGCGCUGGAACCCUACCUUACAGGUAAAUAA